AUGGAAGCCAAAUUGCCUGAGGAAACACAGACCCAAGACCAACUGACAGAGGAGGUAGAAGUUGAGUCAUUUGCCUUUCAUGGAGAAAUCACCCAGUUGAUGUCAUUGAUCAUUGAUACUUUCUACUUGAACAAAGAGAUCUUGAGGGAGCCUCUUUCAAAUACAUCAGAUGCUCUUGACAGAAUCAGAUAUGAAAACUUGACAGAUUCUGGUAAGCUAGACUCUGGGAAAGAGCUAAUUAUUAAGCUCAUUUCAAACAAAAAACAUCAAACCCUCCCUAUUGUGGAUACCAGGUUUGGAUUGACAAGGGCAACUUGAUUAAUUACCCUGUUACUAGCAACCAAGUCCCAGGCCAAGACAUUCAUGGAAGCUUUGCAGGCUGGUGCAGACAUCUCUGUGAUUGGCCAGUUUGGUGUUGGUUUUUAUUCUGCAUAUUUGGUUGCUGAGAUAGUAACCAAGAUCACCAAACAUAAUAAUGAUGAUACCAAAGCUGUCUUAACUGAAGAAACACCACCCUUUGUAGGAGAUAACAACACAUCAUGCAUUGAGGAAGUGGACUUUCUUAUGCUGCAGAACAUUAUUACACAUCUCUCCAUAAGUCUGAGAUAUGGCAGCGUGGUUUGUGGUUGGGAGCGCUACGACUGGGGAUGGUUGAACAAACCGUAUUGCCCCUGGGUUUGUUCUGAUUGGGGCCUGGGGCUGGCCCCAUUUUGCUUGUCCCAUGGUGGGGAUGGGGGCCUACCUUUUUCUUUUCCUUUUCGCCGGCGCUGGUUGACUGCUGAACGGAUCUGUCUCACGAGCGAGUUUCUUCGUGGCGAUCCCGGGUGCGGUGCCCACAGCUUCCUUGAAAUCAUGCGGUUUCUCGAUAUGUGCAUGCCCGAGCCUCAUCACGGUCCCGGUUCAGUGGAACUGAAGUUUACUUCAGCAGGUUUCUUUGUCCUGGUGUUUACCAAUGUUUAUUUGACAGCUAAAGGGUAA